CAGGGACUCUGCGCGUGUACCGCCGCCGUCCUGCAGCAAAGGUCUCGGGACUUGUGUAGUUACACAUCUCUCCUGGUCAGACAAGCCCUUUCUUGUUGCCCUUUGCGAGAUGUCGUUUGUCACAAAAUGGGUAAGCCCAGCGGUUUAGUCAAAAAGUAUCGGCACAUCCAAGCCGUGAUCCAGACGCAUCUGCUGUGCUCGGCGGUGACGAGAAAGUCUGCAGACCCAGACCCCCAGGACCAUGGCCUACCUACCUAACCCAAACCUGCUUUCCCACCAGAUCGUCAUCCUGAUGUGACUCUCUCCCUACUGGUCCGUGUCAAACGACUCUUCUUCAGCCUAUCCUGAGGAGAGGUUGAUAAAUAGAGUAAUAUCAUCUCAUACAUUUCCCUUUCACUCUGAUUCUUCAUCCAUCCGACAACAAGAUCAGCAGACUUUUCUGUGCGACAAACCUCCCAUCAUCCCAAACCACUCCAAACUUCUCUCCUACCAGCUUCUAAGCUUGCAAAGAAACCGCCGUCACCAAUCACAAUGGCGAUCGACCGUAUUGUACAGUUCGUCCUCCGCGGAGCUCAGCUGGUGUUCGCUGCCAUCGUGGCUGGUAUCACCGGCGCCUACCUGCACGCGACCCAAAACACCUCGUCGUGGGACAAUGGCCGGUACAUCUACACCAUCGUGGUGGCCAGCUUGUCGCUUCUCUUCGCCUUGAUAUGGCUCCUCCCCUUCUCGGGAAGCUUCAUCCACUGGCCCAUGGACAUCUUCCUUAGCAUCCUCUGGUUCGUCGCCUUUGGUCUGCUCGUCAACCUUGUCGGUGAUGGCUGCGGUCCCAUCUUUGACUGGAGCAACGUCAGCCCCCGCGGUGACGCCUGCGGUCGCAACAAGGCCAACAUCGCCUUCUGCUUCCUGUCCGCCAUCGUCUGGCUCGCCUCUGCCCUCGUCGGCCUCUUCUGGGUCCGUCGUCGCACCGCCGUCGCUGAUAGCCGCCCCGCUCACACUGGCCGCCGCCGCUGGUACCGCUCUUCGCGCGUCUAGAGCAGCGCGUACGCGUACCAUUCGGAAUGCCUACACGGCUUUGAUACCCUUGUCACACUGCUUCUCCUAGGCUUGUACAAGUCAAACGAGAUCAAGUGACAAAUCCCCAUCGCCGCCUACUCAUGGUGUCCUGUAUCCACGUCCUUGAUGGAUGAUGGAAGGGGGAAGGAGUUGGAGGACUCGUUAUUUUUAACCCUUUCCUGUUUUGCUUUGUUUACGAACGUAUGAGAGAAUGGCUUGACUCUUCACUGGAAGACCUGAUACCCGAUAAUACCCUACCUACUGUAUCAUAUACCUACCUUAAUAUCACUGAAUUACUUUCCCGC